AUGUGUGCUGAUAUGUCGUCUGAGAUUAUUCCAGAAGCUGGAGAAGGCAAUCAAAGGGAGGAUCAGAAUGUCGAAUUUCUUGAAGUUGAUCAGAAUGUUAAAGAACUUGAUUUGACGCGACAUCGAAUUAAAAAAAUUGAAGGAUUUGACUUCUUGCAUUCCAUCGAAUAUUUAUGCUUACGUUGGAAUUUAAUCAAAAAAAUUGAAAAUUUACAUAUGCUUAUUACACUCACUGAACUUGAUCUUUACGAUAAUCAGCUCACUGAAUUGGAAUACUUGGAGCUUGGUGAUAAUCGAAUUAAAAAAAUCGAAAAUCUUUCACAAAAUUUCAAAAUUAAACGACUAUUUCUGGGUGCUAAUCAAAUUGUUGACAUUGAAAAUUUAGAAAUGUUAAAAAAUAUUGAAGUGCUCAGUCUUCCCGCUAAUGCUAUCCAAGAAAUUAAGGGUUUGGAUAAGUUAACAACACUUAGAGAGUUGUAUCUAUCACAAAAUGGUAUUGAAUAUAUCGUGGGUCUGGAAAGUAAUACAAAUUUGGAAAUUCUUGAUUUGAAUUAUAAUCGUCUUCGUUCCAUUUCAAAUAUUCAUCAUCUUCAAAAACUUACUGAUUUUUGGGCUAAAAAAAAUCAGUUGAACAAAAUAACGGAUUUGGAUGAAUUAGCUCAAUUACCAAAUUUAAAAUUGGUUUAUUUGGAGAUGAAUCCAUUUUCGGAAUGUACCAACUAUCGAGGCAAAGUGAUUCGUAUGUUACCACAAAUUGAAAAACUUGACGCAACUUAUUGUCGCUUGGGUGAAUUUUUCUUUUAA